AUUGAUCUCUGUUUCACCGGAGCUACUAAUAGAAUUGAAAGUCCGGACUCCAACUCUAUAUCCAACGGCCCCACUCACGGAUGUCUUCCGUGGACUUCGUCCACCUAUUCUCGCCGCUUAAACUGCGUGAAGCAAGCUGCGUGUACCCCGGCACAAAACCCUGCGGCCCCGGCGAACAGCCAACACCACUCCGAAGCGUCCACCGGUAACGGAGAGACUCUGCAGCUGCAGACACCAACCGCCGCCUGCUGCGGUGAGCCCUACGCCACCCCUGCCCAGUGCGGCCCCACCCCCGGGCUCCGCGGCGGCCCCAGGCCGCUUGCCCCUGCCGGCAACUCCGAGCCUCGGGCCCCCCCCCGCCGACCGGGGACGUUCCGCGCCGCGCGGGACCCCCCCCAGCUCCACCGGCGCAGCGGCCGCUACCGCCCACGCCCAGCGGACCGGGAAGCCCCGGCCCCGGGCUCGCGCCGAGCUGCCGCGGCCGCGCGGCAGCAGCCGCCCCCACCCCGCUCGGCGCCGCGCCAGCCACGCGCGCCGCCCGCGCGCCGAGACCCGGCGCCGCCGCCGCUUCCGGACCUACGCCACCCCGAGCCCCGACCGGGCCGGCCCCGACCCCUGCCGCCUGCGCGCCGCGCGCCGCCGCCGCCGCUCCCGCCACGGUCCCCGCGCCCCGCCACCGCUGCCGCCAUCCCGGGGCCGCCCCGAGCAGUAACGGAGACGCCUCCCGCCGCAGAGACGCCCGCCGCUGCGCACGAGACGAGCUGCCCCGGCCCCGCGUGGCCCCGCGGAAGCAGCUGCCGCCUGCCUGCCUGA